AUGGUUCUGGACUACAGCAAGUGGGACUCUCUGGAACUAUCUGACGACUCGGACAUUGAAGUGCACCCCAAUGUCGACAAGCGAUCCUUCAUCCGGGCCAAGCAGAACCAGAUUCACCAGCAGCGGCACCAGCGCCGCCAGGAGAUCGCGACACUAAAGUACGAGCGGAUCAUCAACGACGGGCUUCUGCAACGCAUCGAUAGCCUCCUGGUUGCCCUCAAGAAGCACAAAGACAGCACGAGGCAGCCUGACGAACUUGUCUUCCAGGCCUUGAUCGAGUCUGCCGGCGCGCCCGAACACGACCAGCCCCCCGUCCCGCCAGAAGAUGUCUACACGCAGGUCAAGGACACGCCCAAGUUCUCGCAGAUGAUGGGCUCCUUGGUGGACCAAGUCAAAAAGGAGCUCGAUGAGACUACGCCCGCGAACCGGUUCGAGGCCUUCAUCCAGGGCGUGGAGGGCCACAGGAAAAAAGUCCUGGAUCUACAGCAGGAACUGCUCGUGAAACUGGCGCAGCUCGAGCGGGAAGAAGGCAGCAAGAUCACCAGCGACAGCAUCCACACGGGAUUCAACAGCAGCUUCAUCGCGAAGCCCAAAACACCGCUCGCGUCGGCGGAGAAGAAAGACGCCGGCGGCAGCGUGCAGCUCUUGAACCCCGGUGCGAUGGCCGGCGGCGAAAUCGGCGGCGCCGUGUCGUCGGGCGCGGAGGCCGAUGAGGAGCCGGAAGAUGAUAUCAAAGUGACGGCCCUGGCGCGGCAGUUCGCCAAGCUGCCCGUGGGCGACUACCAGGGGUAUCUCCGAUUCAUCAUGGACCACCCGGAGGUGGUGGCGGAACGGAAGACGGACGAGCUGUUGAUGGAAGCGUUUGACGCGCAGAUCGCCGGCCACGAGGACUAUGCUCGCCACAUCACCACCAAAGACCACCGCGCCAACGCACACUUCCGCGACGACGUCAACGGGACCUACAACCGCAUCAAGAACCGCUCUCGCGAGCUGGCCAAAUCGUCCGGCGGCGGCGGCGGCGUCGAGCAGAUCCAACUGCACGCCGUCGACCCGUCCACGAAGAUCCACAUCACCAUCCCGCCGGCCGACAGCACAUCGCCGCAGGACAUCGCCGCGCGGGAAAUCUUCGACCGUUUCCCGCCGGGCCUCCAGGCGGCGUUGCGGUCGGAGAGCCUGGACGAGGUCAAUAGCGUGCUGGGGAAGAUGAACGUUGAAGAGGCGGAGGAGGUGGUGGAGAAUUUGGGGAAUAGUGGGAUCCUGACGCUGGAGGAGGGGAUUGUCGAUGCGACCACGGACGAAGGGAAAAAAUGGCUGGAGGAAAUGGAAGCGGAAGGUAAGGCGGCGGCGGCGGCUCACAAGAAGGAGGAAGCGAUUGGGGAUCCUGAAUGA